GAAAUCACUUCAGAUUUAUUAUUAUUUUCUAAUCUAAAAAUGGCUAAUACCCAUAAGAAAAAAUCUGCACGCGGACCAAAACAAAACGUAAAAAGCAUCAAAACUGAUCUAGAUCUAGAUCCAGAAGACGAUUUAAUUACUAAGGAAGAUGAAGAUCUUUUAAAAGGAGUGAAAGAUGUUGAUGAGGAGUCUUUUGAUGUUGAAGCUAGUGGGAAUGAUAUUCCUGAAUCUGAGAUUGUUGCAUUCUUAAAAAAGUUAGGAGUACAAAAAUUUAGACCUACUGAAAUCAAAGAAUCACAGAAGAAAGACAAAGCUAAAGUGAAUGAUUCAAAUGAAAAGAAAAAAGAACCCAUUGUAUCUAAAACAAAAGAUUCCAUUACAUCCAAAGCAAAAGAAUCAAUUCCAUCUAAAACUAGUAAAUUAGAUGAAAAAAAAACACUUACAGACAAAAGUAAUAAAACACCAAAGCAAAAAACAGUUAACAAGGAUAAUGAGAGGCAGAAGUCUGGAAAAAAGGAUGCGCAACAAAAAAAUGCAACAAAGACACCAUUACACUCAGGGGUUGUUCCUCAAAAACAAAAGAGUUUUGUGGACAAGAACAAAAUUACAUCUGCAUUGAACUUUUUGAAACCUGUGACAUCAAGGAAACACCUACUUCUUAAACCUGGUCAGGCGUGGAGGAUAGAGGAAGCCACCCAGUUACCUGAUGGCCCACCCGAUGAACUAUUGGUUGACACAGCAGAAAAACUGGCCCAGAAAUUGUUUGAAGAGGAAGUAUUAUUAUAUUCUAAGCAGAGAGAAAAUAUCAAGAACUCUGAAGCCAGAUGGCUGAAAACUGUACUUAGUUCUGGUACAUUGUCUGACAAGAUGGCUGCUCUGACACUUUUGAUUCAAGAAUCUCCACUCCACAACAUGGUCAGUUUGGACACCCUGAUUUCCAUGUCCAGUAAAAAAGGCAAAAGGGAAGCAAUGAUGGCCGUUGAUACUCUGCGAGAUUUGUACCUUACUGGGCUCUUACCAGACAAUAGAAAAUUGAGGGCCUUUAAUCAGCAACCUUUGCUUGAGUUGCAAGAACUGAGUCAAGGUUCCAUGGAUGCUAGAGACAGGUAUCUGGUCAUGUGGUACUUUGAAGCACAGUUGAAGAAAAAAUAUACUGAAUUCAUCAAAGUUUUAGGGGAAAUUUCAUUUGAUACUCUACAAGCUAUGAAGGAAAAAGCUUUGAGCACAAUACACAAACUGCUGUCCAACAAACCAGAGCAAGAAAAUGUUCUACUUCCAAUGUUGGUAAAUAAGCUUGGAGACCCGAUGAUCAAGUCUAAAGCUAUCUACCUUCUGACUAAAUUAGUUGAUGAGCACCCGAGAAUGAAGACUGUUAUUGUCCGAGAAGUGCAGCAACUCUUGCACAGACCAAAUGUCACUCAACGAGCACAAUAUUAUGCCAUAUGUUACCUGGCUCAAAUACGACUGAGUGAGACAGAAGCAGAGCUAGCAUCACAGCUUAUUCACAUUUACUUUUAUUUCUUUCAGAAUUUUUUGAAAAAGUCAGAAGUAGACAACAAAAUGAUGAGUGCAUUGCUGACAGGAGUCAACAGAGCAUAUGUGUACGCUAAAGAAAACAAAGAGGAGAUAGCCCAGCAAAUAGAUGCCAUUUACAAGAUCAUCCCAUCUGUCAACUUUCACACUGGUGUCCAGGCGUUGAUGUUAUUGCAUCAAGUUACAGACACUAGCGCUAGUGCAUCAGAUCGCUAUUUCAUGUGUUUGUAUCGUAAGUUGGUGGAUCCAGCCCUGCACAGCUCAUCUAAACAAGGAAUAUUUCUAAACCUUUUGUUCAAAAGUUUAAAGUCUGAUGUUGUUGACAGAAGAAUAAAGGCUUUUAUCAAAAGAAUUCUUCAAGUUUACUCCAGUCAUCCUCCCCAUACUAUAUGUGGUGUCCUCAUAUUAUUGUCACAGAUUUUACAGAAUAAAGCCGGCUUGAUACAGACUUGCUACCAAGGAAAGGGGGCCUGGACAUUUGAUGAUGAUGAAGAGGAACACUUCAUAGACUACCCAGAACCAGAGGAAACUGAUGGCCAACAGGUUGACAAUGAGAACUCUUCCAAAGCUGUUUCUAUUACAGAGGAAGAUAUGCAGCCAGACUCAGAGAGGGAAUCAGAGGAACAGAUCAAUGGGACCAAAGGAUCCUGGGUUCAUAGAAUCAACUAUGCUGGAUCAGGUCAUGGUUCGUUGUAUGACCCAUAUGUGAGAAAUCCUCUCUACACCCACGCUGAGACUGAGUGUACUGCUGAGCUGCACCAGUUAGUCCGACACUAUCAUCCAACUGUCAGGCUCUACUCUGUGAUGUUGAUGAAGGGACAGCCUAUUCAUUAUGAUGGUGAUCCAGUUAAAGAUUUCACACUAGCCAGGUUUCUUGACAGAUUUGUUUACAAGAAUCCCAAAAAGAUUGACAAAGCUGCCAAUGUAGGCUAUUUUAGAAAGUCAGGGCCAUCAGGUAUCAGAGCUGUACCUGUCAACUCUAAUGAGUACCUAGAAAUUGGUGAAGAGGAUAUUCCAGAGGAUGAGAAAUUCUUUUACAGGUACUUUAAAGAGAGAGCACUCAGAAAACAAGAUGAAGAGGAAGAUGAUGAUAAUGAAAGUAUUGAUGAUGAUGAAUUUGACUCUUAUCUAGAUAGCUUUGAGAAGUCUGUAGAUAAAGGUGACGUUGAUGAUCUGGACUUAGACUUUGCAUCUGAUCACAAGAAGGAUAAAAAGGGAGUAGCUAAAGAAGACAGCAGUGAGGAGGAAGAGUAUGAUGAGGAGGAUGAUGAUGAAGAUUUGGAUUUAGAAGAUGAUGAGCUGGCCGCUGAAUUCCAGCAGGAGAUGGGGGAGGAAAUGGACAUAGAGGAGGAUGGUCACUUCUCACCAGAUGAGGAUGAUGAGCUUCAUGCCUUGUUUCAUGGGGAUUCCAAGAAGAAAAAAAGAAAGACUCAACCUGAUGAUGAUUUUGAUUUAGAAAAGCCAAAGAAAAAAAAGAAAAAAACCGACACAUCCGACUUGUUUGCUUCAGCUGAACAGUUUGCUCAUUUGUUGGAUGAGGAGAACGACACAUUGCAGGGAGGAAGCAGUGAUCUCUUGAACAGAGACAAGUCAGCCAAGAAACAGUUGGCCUGGGAAAUGGACAGAGACCGCUGGCUGCAUGAUAAGAAGGGGAGAUCAUUCAAAGGCAAGCACAAGGCACCCAGGCAGAAGAGUGGCAAAGGUUUUGGUAAAAAAACUAUGACUGCGCAGUCUAAACAAAAGAUACAAAAUAAAAAACACAAAAAGUAAAUUAUUGAUAGAUAACAAAUGUUAUUUGUAUGUAUUUGAAAAGCAUUACAUAAUAAACACAUUAAAAUAA